GAAGGUCUGUGCGACUUUGUCGACCAGAAUUGUGCCAAGAAGGAGAUGUUCGAAUACUUCCGCUAUCAUUUUCUCAUAGAAGGGUGUAAGAAAACCUCCAGGAAGCGAUCUUGCUGAUCUGUUCCAUCGGUAAAGGCGAGAUAAAGUGACAAACUCUGAAGAUCUCGCGUUCUUUGAGUAUGAGAGACAAUUUGAAGGGGUUUAGGCGAGAAGAAAGGAUGUCAUCCAUGCGAAAUUUAAUGAGCGCGAGAAUAUAUUUUUAGGCCUUUUUGAAGAGAUAAAAUUUUUGAGAACGAGCGUUAUCGACUGCUAUUGAAUGGAGCUGCAACUAAUCAUGGAUGCUGGAGCCGAGACCCUUAGCGAAGCAAUGUGGCUGGACAACAGUCCGUCGUCUUCCUACCAACAACUCUCCCCCAAUAAUCAGAAUGUGUGCAACGGGAUCGCAGCUCAAUCAUUGGGAUACCACAGUCGGGAAAAUGAUAUGUGGCAGGAAAAGCAGAACAUGACGAAAAAUUCUCCAAACUCAGAAUCGCAAAAUCGUUCCAAGAGCUUGUCGCCACCGCAUAAUUCACGCUCCAUCGUUCUUAAUCAAUCCAAAAAUUUGCUCAAACGUCGGACCGAAGACCCCUUGCUACAAAUGGGAGAAAUCGACAGGAAACAUGUAAGAACAGAAGGAAGCAAUGGAUCCGGACAAGGUUGGUCCACGCAAGUGGAAGAUCUCGCGGAACACUUUAAUACUGAUUUUGAUGGAUCAUUAUCAGCCCUUGCCGCCUCCGAUCUUGCCACCGCUGUUGCUUCUUAUACAAUGAGCGAAGCUUUGCUGGCUUUACCUUCACUCACAGUCUUAAAGCAGGAAGCACUGUCUCCUGAAAACCAGCCCAACAAUCUUAACUUGAAUCACGUUUCACAAAGAACUGUGAAUGUCACUCCAGCUAGCAGCGGAAAUGUCGGUCUAUUGGAUUCUGAAAAUAUUAACAAUGGGCAAAAUUCUACUAGUCUUCAUCAAUUAUUGUACAAUAAUGGCGAAGAGUAUCCUCCAACAUCCUCUUCUGCUAAUCACGUGUCGUCCUCUCAGCAAGGCUACGAAUCGAAUGAGGAUUGUCGUUUCCAGUACGUGCUGGCAGCUGCAACAAGCAUUGCUACCAAAGUGAACGAAGAAACUCUAACCUACCUGAAUCAAGGACAAUCGUAUGAAAUCAAAUUAAAGAAACUCGGCGAUUUGUCAGCGUAUCGUGGGAAAAUUUUGAAGGGAGAUCCGAUUUUCUUGUUCCAGUCAACGAUUCGCAUUUGCUUCCACGAGAGACGCUUGCAAUACACGGAGCGACAGCAGAUUCUUGAUUGGCAACGAGCGAGACCUGGUGAACGGCUUCUGGAAGUAGAUGUUCCCCUCAGUUAUGGAAUGGUGGAUAUCUGUCAACCCUCGCCUUCCAACAACAACGUCGAGUUUAUGUGGGAUCCCACCAAGGAAGUUGGCGCUUACAUCAAGAUAAAUUGUAUCAGCACUGAAUUCACCCCAAAGAAGCAUGGUGGCGAGAAAGGCGUUCCUUUCAGAAUUCAAGUAGAAACACGUCUACCGGGUGGACCUCGCUUACACGCUGCUUCUUGUCAGGUCAAAGUUUUCAAACUGAAAGGAGCAGAUCGAAAACAUAAACAGGAUCGUGAUAAAAUUUUGAGAAGACCUCCUCACGAGCAAGAAAAAUACCAACCAAGCUACGACUGCACUGUUUUAUCCGACAUUCCAUUGGAAUCUUUAUCACCACCUAGUUCAGUGACUCAAAACGUUGGAAGUCCAUACGCCCCAGCAGAAGCAAUCUCCCCGCAAAGUCGUACUGCAAUCAGCGGCAGAUCUUCGCCAGUUGCAGCUCCACUAACACUUUCUGUACCUACUACUGGUAUUCUUCCAAGUGUACCUACUCCAGAAAUUGUGAAAGAAGACAUCAGUGCAGCACCAGCUCUCCCAUCUUCAGAUGCCAUUUUACCUGAUAAGUCUUGCACUGAUGCAAAUGUUGUCCCCUACCCUUCAGAUUUACCAUUAGACGCAAAUGUCUCGGAAACGACUGCCUGGUUGCGAGCAGCGCGUUUUCAUGCCUUUGAGUGCAUAUUCUCAAGUUUCACGGCUUCGGAUAUUUUGCGUCUAUCUCGAGAGGACUUGAUCCAGAUUUGCGGCGUGGCUGAUGGAAUCAGGCUAUACAAUGCUUUGCACGCGAAGGCCGCUUCGCCCAAGUUGACUCUCUACUUUGCAAUUGAGGGAAACAGUUCCAUUUGGCGAGUUGUGUAUCUGGAAAACCUUACCAAUACUUCUCUCACCAGCAGAUUACUAAAAACACUCAAUUUGACUCCAGAGAGAUUUCAUUCCCUUAUUUUGCUUGGUCCACAAGGAAUCCACGUGCUUGUCACCAAUGAACUAGUGGCCAACAUGAAGGAUGAAAGCAUGUAUUUCGUCGAAACUGUCAAAGAUACGAAUAGCGAUCGUUACAAAUUACUUCUGAAGCCCUCCUCGCGCUGAUGGUGCUGAAACCACUACAGCCAUUACCAUGAAAGCUAAAACGAUCUCGGGGCGAAGUAUCAUAACCAAAAGUGUCCUGAUUUCCAAGAAACUUGGAAAACCAACGAUUAUAGAACCUACCGGAUGAGAAAAUCAGUUCAAGCUUGACUUUGUGCGUUUAUGAAAUUCUUUGAAUGAAGAAUCCAGCUAAACAGUUGAAAACUAAAAGCUGUCAGCUCUUAGUGCUUUUUUGUUGAUAAAAAAAACAUGCGCAGCUUUUUUUUUAGUAUCAAAAAUUGUUUUAAAUCACAAUCGAGGGGCGAUUUUAAUUUGUUGUCAUUUCUCAGAAUAGUUCACAUCUGUCUGUGACUAGUGAAAUUAUUUUUUAUUAGUAUUGUUUCCACUUAAUAAUAUUGAGUUAAUAAUUGUUUCUAUAUGUUUCCUAAGCAAUUUAAUGUUUCUUAUUUAUAAGAGGAAUGAUGUAUUAUGAAUUAAGAGUUUUAUCAAGAUCAGUUUUCUUUGCGCAUAGCUUUUUUUUUCCAAAGAUAAACAAUUGUUCGCGAAAGUAGUUGAUCCAUGUUGGUAAAUUGAAUAGUUAAAGAAAGAAAAAAUGCUUUCUGCUGCAUGGAAAAUGAGCGGGUAAGACGUUUUAUUUGUGUUUUUUAUAAGAAGAAAGAUACUCAUGUUUAGCCAUUAAAAAGGAAAAGUUUGUUGUAAUUAAUCGCCUGGCGAAAGAAGCUCCGAUUAUAUGAUCGGUGUAUUCUUAUUUUAUCUCAACUUCCGGAUACCAAGUGUAUUUAUUUUAUCGAAGAAUUUUAAUAUUAUUUUAUUUUAACCGAAAAUCAUCUUUCGACGUUCAUAUUAUAAUGAAGCCAAGGUCCAAGGAGUAGAAGAUAGAAGACUUGUUUUUAAUGUAAAGAGAAAAAAUCGACUUUAUAAAAAGUGACGCGAGUAGUUAUGCAAUUACAAAGUUUCGAAUUUCGGCGAAAACUAGGAAUGGUCAGUCAUUACAAGUAUUACGUAAUUUAAAGGACGAUGGAGAAUGAAUCAUACAUUUUCAUAAAUUUUUAAUCCAUUUGAACUGUUUUUUUUGUUUUGUUUUUUUUUUGAAACUUGAUUAAUUCGAGUAAUUGUUAUCGUCUAGUGAUAAUAUAACAGUAUCACAACAAUUGUACUACACGAUUUAAGUUUCGUUAAACAUAAUAGAAAUAUGUCAUAGUGUAAGAACAUUUAGGUGUAAAUCAUGUAGAUCUUUACAAAAAUACAUUAUUUUUUGUAUUAGCAAUCAUCUUUUGAUAGACCCAAGCGCUCUCUUUGUAGCGUGACACUUUUUGACAAAAUUUUACAUCUGUUUUCACUCGUGUAUGAGACAAUAAAAAAUCUAUUGCCACGUC